AUGGCACCAAGCAUGUCCCUCUUCGCCGUAAACGCCAUCAUAAUCCUAAACUCAGACGACGGAUCACGGGUGUUUGCAAAAUACUACAGCUCGCCGCAUACAGGAACAGGACCACAUUCAACAACACCCACCCCACCCUACGCAGACGUCAAAUCGCAAAAGGCAUUCGAAAAAGGCCUCCUGGAGAAAACCGCAAAGCAGACAAGUGAUAUCAUUCUCUACGAUAAUAGGAUCGUGCUGUACAAGAGCGAGAGCGAUGUCAUGAUGUAUGUGGUUGGCGGCGUCGAGGAGAAUGAGAUUAUGCUGUAUAACGUCGUGUUGGCGUUACGGGACUCCCUACAUUUGCUAUUCAAACAAUCAGUAGACAAACGCACCAUAAUUGAAAACUACGACCUCGUCGCCCUCGCCAUCGACGAGAUCGUUGACGACGGCAUCAUCCUCGAGACAGACCCGACGAUCAUCGUGCAGCGUGUUAGCCGGGCGCCGACGCAGGACGCGGCGCAGUUGAAGGGCAUUGAUCUGAGUGAGCAGGGCAUGAAUAAUCUAGCGCAGUUCGGGAAGGCGAAGUUGGGGGAUUGGUUGAGGCAGGGUUUGUGA